CGGGGAGCGUGAGCCCAGGAAAGCAAUUCGAGGGGCUAAAAUGAGCUUUUGUCUGUGGUCCAUGUCUAGAAAAAGAUCCAAACGUUGUUUUUUCUUAAGUUGACUGCGCCACGAUCACAGCAAGAAGCGCCACGCCGCUGCGCGGAUCACAGCUUUGACUGCCGGGAAAACUCUGCCAUACGCAGCAGGCAAAAAAAUAAAUAAACACUCACUGGAAAACUGUCAAGAGCUACAGGUAUAUUGAGUGAAGCAUCAUGACAACUCUGCUGGACCUGAAGAGUAGUGUGAUGAGGCAGGUGCAGAGGAGCCAGUCCCUGAGGAGCCGACGGGAGCCGCCCCCUCCCACUGUGGGCAGCCCCCUCACGCAGAGUCCCGAGCCGUCACCUCGCAGGAUUUCAGGGGAGAGCUUGGAGUUCUUUGGGCGUAUGAACGCCAUCCUGCAGAAACAGGAGAACAUGAUGCGGGCCGCCCAGGUGGAGUGUCAAAGAGGGGCCAGCACAGUGGCGCCCCCUCAAGAGCAUGUGGACCAGUCUUUUAUCCCCGAAAGAAUCAGCAGGACGGAGCUGGAUCUGCUUUAUGAGGAAGCUGUGUACACGGUGGUCAACAGGGUCGGCGUUCUUUCGCCCGAACACGUGAAGAGUGACGAUGAGCUGUUUGCUUACCUGCGAAUGGUGUUUGAUAUGGGCGAAGAAGAACAUGAGAUCAUUCUCCAGAAAGUUCAAGAAUCAAAGCGAGCCACCUUUUCCUUGAGAGUUUCUGUCAUGAAAGCAAAGAAUCUAAUGGCCAAGGAUGCAAACGGUUACAGUGACCCCUACUGCAUGCUGGGAAUCCUGGUGGGCCAAAGCCCCCGGGAAACAGAGGAGAAGAAGGAGAGAAAAUUCAGCUUCAGGAAGAGGAGGGAAAAGCUGGAGAAACGCUCCAGUACCAAGGAGGUGCUGCCCGCCCGAUGCAUCCAGGUGACCGAGGUCAAGCCGGAGACUCUUAACCCGGUGUGGGACGAGCACUUUGUGUUUGAGAUAGAUGAUGUCAACAGUGACCUUUUGCAUCUGGACAUAUGGGAUCAUGAUGAUGACGUGUCUGUGGCAGAGGCUUGCAAAAAACUCAAUGAAGUCAGUGGACUUCGAGGAAUGGGCAGGUAUUUUAAGCAAAUUGCAAAGUCAGUUCGUUCCAAUGGUUCAGCAUCAUCAAGCUCGGAGGAGAACGUCGAUGAUUUUCUGGGAUGCAUCAACAUUCCUCUAAACGAAAUCCCUGUUGCUGGUUCAGACACCUGGUUUAAACUCGAGCCGCGAUCGAGCGCGUCUAAAGUUCAAGGAGAAUGUCAUCUGAUCCUAAAAGUUUUUACCAGUCAGAGAGAAACAACUUUGGCUAAGAGGGAUACAAACGUAACGGUUCAUAAGAAGCUGCUCAGUAGGAUUGUAGAGUUUGAACAUGGCAACGUGAAGAAAGAGCCGUAUAACUGGAACGGGCAGGUUUCUCCUGCAGCUUGGACUGUGCUAAUUCACCAUGCUGUGCAAACUGAUCUCUCACCUCUCCAGCAGGCUAUUAUCCGCUGGCAGUGCUACAGCAGCCAUCAUCGGAGCCAGAGGCUGUGCUACUCCCUGCUGCUGCGCCUCCUGAGGACCAUCGAUGCUGAGUGGGAUCCUCAAGCUGUGCGGGGAGACCUGGAGAGGCAGCUGUCAGACAGCUUCAGGCUGUACAUAGAGCACUGCCUGUGCCUGAUGAAGAACAUGCGUCAGGUUUUCCCGUGCACCAGCGCCGCUGCCAUCACACGCUACGAGCUCAUGUUGAGGGGGAUUGGCUACAUGCAAAACAUGAGGGCAUUUAAGACUGUUUGUCCUCUGCGAAAUGAGCUGCAUUUGGACAUCACCACCGCUGUCAAGAAAGGAGCGGCUGAAUGGUAUGAAAGCUUAAUUGCCCGCUAUAAACCAGAGGAAGGGACGCUGGAAGAGCAGCUGAAGAAGCUGGUUCAGAUCAUCGACGCCGUGUGUGCAGAUGUGCAGAGAGCUCAGAACAUCUACAACAAACUCUUUUACAGUGCGGUCAAAGUAGACUUCUUCAGCGUUUCAUACCGGCAGUUGGAGAAACAGGUAGCCGAUGAUGUAAACGUAGCAAUGGAGCGGGUGUGCGGGACCCUGGAGCAAGAGAGCUCCAGACUGACCCAAACCAUGGGAGAAACCAUCUUUGAGCUCUUUAUGUCCCUGAAAAUCCUCAAAGGCUUUCGUGAAUUUCUUCCGCUGAAAGAUGCUAAGAUGUUAGCCCUGACCGGCUACAAUAACUGGUUCAAGUCCUCGAUUCAUAAGUGGCUGCAGAUUGUUCAUGACAGGUCACAUGACCGAAUCUGUAAAGCAGUGGAGAUGGAUAAGCUCCAGCCUCUUCAACAAGCCCAGCACAGCUCCUCGGCUGUGGAAGUGACUGCCUGCUUCAGCCAGGUACGGGAGAUGUGGCUCCAGCUGGCAUGGCCAGAUUCUGCGGGGGCGUUCAUCUUUGUCACGCGCUUGACAGACAAUUUCUGCAGUGAGGCUGUUAGCUACUCUGAGAUGAUCACACGCAAGGUUGAGAGGAACCAGCUGGGCCGAGACCACAAGGCUUUCAUUGUGCAGCUCUGCAUUGCGCUGAACAGCACGGAGCACGUGCGUGUGUUCCUGAGUCACCUUCCCCGUGACCUGGACUGGCUGGGUGUGGAGCGAGCCAUGGAAGAGUCCUGCGGGGUGGAGGGCAAAGAGCAGGUGUACAAAGCUCUGAAUGGACAGCUUUUCAACAUGGACCUGGAUCUGCAGAGGGAAGCCAAACGCCUAAUCGCUCUACUGACUGACAGGAUGCUACCGGAGCUACGGAGAUACAUCCAGCACAUUAGCUUGUCUCCAGACUCCAUCAACAAUGAUGAUGCUGUUGCACCUCUAAUGAAGUAUCUUCAAGACACUGUGGGCAUCCUGACGGAACACCUUGUUAAGGAAAACCUAACCAGAGUUCUGCAGAGCCUGUGGGAGCUGCUGCUGCGGAUGAUCCUGGACGCUGUCGCAGAAAACAGGGGUGUCCAGGUGGAGUUCUACAACCGAUUCCAGUACACCAUGGAGACCCUGCUGCAGUUCUUUCAUGUUAAGGGAGAAGGUCUGUGCUUGGAAGACAUGAAAAGCGGAGACUACAAGGUGUUGGAUGAAGAGCUAAGGCUGAAUAAAUGUCCCUCCUUUGAGCUGAUUGAACAGUACUAUCUGGAGAAGAUUUCCCACCAGAAAACACUCAAACACACACGUUAUGGCCGGAUCAGUGUGAAGUGCUACUACGACGCUCAAGAUCAGAGACUGACUGUGGAGAUCCUGCAUGCUGCAGACAUUAUUGCGCUGGAUGCCAAUGGUCUGAGUGACCCCUUUGUCAUAGUGGAGCUCUGUCCACACCACCUCUUUCCAGCAGCCAAGAGCCAGCGCACGCAAGUGAAGCUGAAGACGCUACACCCGGUGUUUGAUGAACUUUUUCACUUCCAUGUGAGUCCUGAACAGUACAGACACAGAUACGCCUGUUUGACCUUCACUGUGAUGGACUACGACUGGCUGUCCACCAACGACUUCGCCGGCGAAGCCGUCGCCCCUUUGAGUGACUUCUGCUGGCCAGGGAGGCCAAAUGCAUCUGCGGCGGGCAAAAGUGUCCAGCCCAUCAUUCUGCACCUGUCUCGCAGUAAACCCAGCGAGAAGCCAAUCAUGAGGAUGCUGGAAGCUCGCACCGGAGACAGAGAGGCUCAGGAGUUUGUCCGCAGGCUGAAGGAGAUUGAGAAGUCAAUGGAGGAGGAAUAGAAGCUGUCAGUGUUGGCGGUGUUUGUGUUUACUGAUCACGUCGUGUGCUUUUGUACUGGUAAAAUGUUUACAAUAUCUACAAACUUUUCCAAAGUUUUGUCUGUUCGGUACUUACACCAAAAUGAAAAGAGGAUAAGGAGGGCAGUGAAGUGUCUCUCUGUUUUUUUGACUGUCUAAGUUGAAGUAUAUUUUAGAAUUUAUUGAAUAGUUGAUGCUAAAUGUCACUAGUCUAUUUUUUUUAAACUAAUUGUUAUCUUUGUUGUAUAACCUUUAAAAUGUUAGAUUUAACAGUAGAAAACAAUUUUGUGGACAAAAUUAACUAAUUUAUGGAUAUCAGUCUAAAAUCUAUACCUCAGUUGUGUUUAUUUGUUGCAGAGGAGUUUUACAGAUGUUGAGACAUUUCACUUUCUUGGACAUAAACUGCAUGAAAGCUUGUCUAGGAUGUGACUGCACAGUUAUUUCUUGGUUUAUACGGCCGCUUACCAGCCAGCGGUUAUGAAAAGUGAGCAAACACAUCUUGAAAGGGAAUCGGGAAGGCAUAAAUCAUGGAGACAGCACAGCUUUUUGGGAGGCAGAGACAGGGGGGUUUAAGGGGCAGUUAUAGAGAUCUGCAGCAGGGAGGAGUGUCUCCCUCGAGACGGACAGCACUGCUCAGGUUCAUUCAACUUUUCUGAUUGCUCUUCGCAUAGCUCGCCACAGGUCACCGAAAAGACAAAACACAGCUACUUUCCUGCCGCAAGAUUCCGGGUUUUUUGUUUUUCAGUUCUUUGUUGCAGUAAGUCACUCUGUUGUGAGUUGGAAAAGGGCCUUUUGGGCGUUUUCCACCUAAAUAUGAUUUGUGUUAGUGAGAAAAAAAUAUUUGAAUGUGUUACAGGAACCCUGUGAUUCUACCACUUAUCUCCCUGUUAUAAGGUGUUUCAGGCGACUAACAACAAAUGGUAUCUUUUGAUUGUCUUAUUUUUUUAAUGUGCCCUCCUGUUUAAGAAAACAUUACUGUGGGGUCAAAUCAGGAUCAGCUGAAAGUGGCUGAAAAACUACCUUACUUUAAAUUUGGAGGAAAAAAAAGAACAACAUAGAAAAUAAAUUUCAAAUUGGACAAUUUAAGAAAAUAUUGAAAAUUUGAAAAAGAUUAUUGGUCAAUUUGCACAAUAGCACAAUAAAAAUGUUGCCUGUUUGAAAAAAAAAUUACAUUUGAAAAAACUAUAGACCUAAAACUGUUACCAAAUGAAAAACAAUGUUUAUUUGUAGCAGCUGCUGUUGUCUUCAAAGCACGCCAUAUCCUAGAAGGAAGGACACAGGCGGCGCUGACACCAGGUUUAACCUCUAACACCCGAUGUCAAUCAUGUCCAGGUAGCCAAUGGGCCACCGUAAAAAAUUAAAACUAUGAAUUAAAACUUAAGUAAAAAAAAAAAA